AUGAGCAGUGCACCGAACGCCUCGGGAGGAUACGCGGGUUCAGGCCACGGUGGUAGAGGUGGAGGGCCAAGAUCGUUCGAAGAUCGGUCUGCAGCAAAAGAACAAAUGAUGCAGUCGGUGCGCGAGACUUCCCAACAAGACCGCCGGGUCUAUGUGGGCAAUUUGGCUUACGACGUCAAAUGGCACCAUCUCAAAGAUUUCAUGAGACAGGCUGGAGAAGUCCUCUUCGCCGAUGUCUUGCUUCUUCCGAAUGGAAUGUCGAAGGUGGGCGCCAUUGUGAUUGUGGAAUACGCAACUAGGGAACAAGCCCAGCAAGCUAUCCAAACUCUAAGCAAUCAGAGCCUCAUGGGUCGUCUCGUCUAUGUUCGCGAGGAUCGUGAGACAGAGCCACGCUUUACCGGCCCGUCUAAUCGCGGUGACUUCGCAGGUGGCCCAAGAGGCGGGUUCGGCGGAGGUUACGGCGGAGGUUACGGCGGUAUGGGUGGUGGUGGCGGCGGCGGCGGUGGUGGCCGCCAACUCUACGUCUCCAAUCUCCCAUUCAACGUCGGUUGGCAGGAUCUGAAGGAUCUGUUCCGAACGGCUGCGCAGGAAGGAAACGUCAUCCGAGCUGACGUUCAUGUUGACGCCACUGGACGACCCAAAGGAACUGGUAUUGUUGCUUUCGAGUCUCCCAACGACGCCCGCACCGCUAUCCAACAAUUCAACGGUCACGAAUGGCACGGCCGCGCCCUCGAAGUUCGAGAAGACCGAUACGCAGGAAGUGGUCCUGGGAUGGGCCAUGGCGGUCGGGGAGGCUUCCAGGGAGGAUUUGGUAUGCGCGGCGGCUUCGGCGGCGGUUUUGGCGCUCGUGGUGGCGGCUUCGGCGGUCGUGGUGGCUUUGGUAGCGGCGGCUUUCCUCGGGGUGGCUAUGGCGGAGGAGGAGGGCCAGGAGCGGGAGCAGGAGGAGGCUAUGGGGGCGGUUGGUACGGCGGCGGCGGUGCUGGUGGAGGCGGCGGUGGCGGCCUUGCUGGCCCCGGUCCUGCUGGCCUCGAACCAGUCGGUCCUAACCCCUUCACCGACCACGCAACCUCUGGAGGAGAGAAGAGCCCGAUCAUCUACGUCAAAAAUCUGCCAUGGUCCACCAGCAACGAUGACUUGGUUGAACUCUUCAUCACCAUCGGCAAGGUCGAACGUGCCGAGAUCCAGUACGAGCCAAGUGGACGCUCGCGAGGAUCAGGCGUGGUGGAAUUUGACAGUGCCGAAAAUGCAGAGACAGCCAUCUCGAGAUUCGGCGGCUACGUGUACGGCGGCCGUCCUCUUGCAUUGUCCUACGUCAAAUAUGCAAACGCCAACGGCAGUGAGGCUUUGGAAGGGCAAGAAGGGAUGGGUGGCAUGACACAAGAUCAGAUGAUGUGA